UUUUAUUCAUACCAGUAAAUGUCGCGAAAAAAAUAUUACAUAAUUGAAUUCCCCCCUGAUAAAUACAAUUCAGUGCCUGUGGAGCUUGUUCUAAGUCACUGGGUUAUCCCCGCAGAGAAAGUUUGUCUCUGGCCACCAAACUCUGGGCCAAGUAUUAGAAAUUUGAUAAAAAAGGGCACUGCUAUUCCUGAUGUCAAGUGGGGAAGAGUUAGCUACGCCAGGAUUAUUGGGAAUUACGAUGAUUAUGAAGUUGCGACAAAAAAACUUCAAGUAGCCGAGGACACUUCCAACUUGGAAAGUGAAACAGAACCAGAAAGCAGAUUAAGGAGCAAGAAGAUAAUUCCCGAUAUUCAGCCCAGCAGCACACGAGGGGAUGUAACGUCUUCAUCCGAUGAGGAGGAUAGCGACGCGAACAAAAACAGUCCUCCGUCUGGCUCACUUCUGGAUAAUUUGGAGCUGGACCAACCAUUGAGCAUUCCUGAAAUAAUUCCCGAAACUGAAGAGCAAAGCAAUCUACAAGUAGGAAAUCAAGGUGAAACUGGAGACACCUCUUUUGUUGUUGUAAAUUCGCAGGAGUUAAAUGAUUUACGGCUGUUGAUUUCAAGUUAGUACAAGCAAAAUAAUUUUAUUAAAAUUGAUGUAUUAUGUUAACGCUUUGUAAUCACGUUGCAGGGACAACGCAAAGUGUGCUAACUUUGUUGGAAAAGCAGGCUGAAGACAUUAAAGACAUUAAGGCUUUACUGAUUAAUGUGAAACAAAGGCCGGAUGGUAGGAAGGCUCCCAAUUUCAG